AUGGCCGCGGUUCAGCUUAGCUUCUCCAUCCGCACCUCUCCCAAUGUCAAGACCAUUCAUCUCCUCGGUUCCUGGGACAAUUACACUGGCCAGCUUCCGCUCUCCCAGGAUGCUUCCGCCAAAGCUGGCUCGUGGAAGGGUACUUUUCGCUUCCAGGGCAAUUCCCUUCAACUGGGACAGCGAUACUGGUACUAUUACAUCAUGGACGGAUACCACGUCUCUCAUGAUCCAACAGCAGAAUACACUGUUGAGCCCACCACUGGGCGCAAGCUAAACAUCCUAGAUGUUCCCAACGGAGCCCGCAGUAGCAACAACUCCUCUGCAAACAGACAUUCGUCUGGUGGGGUCAUCAAGGGUCGAGCCCUCUCUCCCUCCAAGAUCCUGUCCCCAAAGCCCUCCAAGCCCUACGCCUCACGCCAAAUUCGGGAUGCCCGCUACUCCCCACCGCCAACUGUCAGCGAACUCACUAGACGCUUUGGCAAUGUCGAUAUGUCUGAUUCUGAUUCAGACAUCUCCACCAGCCCGCCCUCGUCUACUGGCUCUUCCAUGUCCGGACGCUCCGACAGUUCGUCUCCAUCAUCCAUCUCCUCUUUGAGCGAUAACAGCUCUGUCUGCAGCUGCGAACGAUACGGUAUCACUCGAAAGGGAGAUCGCGUCAAGCUCGAUUGUGGAGGUAGCCGAUGCGGAGUUAAUUCUCCCGGUUCAGACUCCAACUACUGCUCAAGCGACGACUCUGAAGACGACGACUACCGACAACCCCGUCCCACGAGCCGUCGUCCAAACUACGCCCGCGUCAGGUGA